ACUAACCAGAUAAAAAAUAUUUUAAAUUACCCUCCUGCAUAAUCUCUAACUCUCUUUGUGUUCCUGCAGCAGGUCAGCAUUGUUUCUCUCUGUCUCACUCUCGACAUCUCUGUCUCUCUCUCUCUCUCCUUAUCUUUGGCAGGCUGCUGUAUGCCAUGCACAGGCGCAGCCCGGCUCUGUGGGGAGGCUGAUCUAGUUAUAUAACAGUCGGUGCAGCCGUUGUCUGCUGGAAGAUGAGCAUGCAGGCAUCCCUGUUACAUAAGCCUGUUAGGAUCAUAUUGUCACACUGUGGAGCAUUCACAACGCAGUGUCCUUGCUACUGUGCUUCCCCCCCUCUCUCUCUCCCUCUCUCUGGAAUGAAAACCCAACAAAAGUGUGUUCCAAUGCGGUUCAAAGAGCGUGAACUUUGCGAUCACGGUUAACCCAAUCAAAACAGACCUCUAUGCAUGGCCUAAACCCCCCAACCACUCGGCCGUCACGCACCUCACAGCCACAUGCCCAGUCAGGUGUCCUGUUUGACUCAGCCGAGGACGGCGGCUGUCAUGACGAUGGAGCCAGCAACCGUCUCGUUCUCCACAGGGAGUCUGAACAACAGUGGCAUCCAGUGAUGGGAUCAGGCAGCUGUAGGCUAUGACUCAUCACCUGAAUGCCAGGUGAACUUUACCAGACACCGAAGAGUCUACAGGAGUCCAGCUAAGCCUUCUAAAUACACCGCGUUAAGCCCACAGAGAAGGGGAGAGUCUCACCUUAUCUCUUUACUAAUUUUAGAGCCAACACGACGACCUAUUCAACAGCAAGACACCGUUGCGCAUUACGGUGGGAAAAUGAACAAUACCACACUGGUUUUGUCACGCAAUGUCGCUCCAAUCGACCCCACUGUGACCUUCUUACGCAUUCAAGUUUUUCUCAGUUUCUCAAGCACUGCUCUUCAGCUUCCUUGAGAGUAAUUUGAUUCUUGUAAAAUAAAUCUAAAAAAGCAUAAUAACAGGUUGGAGGCCGAGCAGGCGUGGAGUUUGGUAAGCUAUAUUUAUGCCCAGUAAUUAAACUGUCCUUCGGGUAUCGACCCAGCACUGCAUUUGCAUCUGUUAAACAAACCAUAACUGUUUAUCAUAUGGUAGUCAGGGGGACUGUGUUUAGCUUCAUAAGAGUGUCACGAACACUAGUAUAUUCAGAAACAAACAACACAAUAGAUAGAACUUUUGAGGUUGAGCAUUUCAAGUCUGCGGGAAAUAAUCUGAUUGGAAAUAUAAACCCGAAAGGGAAUGUAUGAAUCAACGGAUUCCCAUGCAGAACUGGUAUAACUUUUGGAAAUUUUUGUGGAAACAAAGAGCAGAAGUGAUCAUUUGCUCCUCAGGUUUGGUUUAUAAUACCAAGGAAUAGCCACACUUUCCUAGGAGUUUAGUAAUGUUUUUACAGAGCAUUAUGAUUUACUUUUCCUCCAUGCCCCUGGGAAAGAGUUAAAUGAAUUAAAGUCCAUGCUGAAGGUUAACCCCACUAAUAGUCCUCGUGUGGGCUAUGCUAUCAUUAGUGCAACUGAGAAGCUUUAGUUCUGCUAAAGAGUACAACUGAGUAAGGGAAUUGUGGGAAUUGUGCUGACAUAAGCAACCCAGUAUGCAUCCCCCAGAUGGGCCUGCUUGUGAAACACUUGCUCUGGAUGUGUUAAGGGAUUCUCACCCUAAUAUUACAUUAAACAUUUUAGUUUGGUUAUGAUGACUGUUACAAAUAUCGGUUUAACUGAUAAUUAUACAUAAUAGGCUAUAAAUGAUAUAAAAAACUAUUACCAAGGACCAAUGUAAAAGGACUAUUUCACCCCCACACUUUUCCCCCAUAUGGUAAAUAAUAACAGAAUUUGGGUGAACUAUAACCUUUAAAAAAACAUGUAAAAGUAGUGGUUGGUUGUAAAAUUAUCUACACACAACAAGUUUUUCAGGGUCCCUUCGAAAUGAAGAAUACCGGGAUAAGGAAUUUUUGGAAUGUUCCAUGACGUCACCUCACAGUCCUGACAGUGAGGAGGGAGCUAAAAAAUUAAGGUACUUCUUCGGCCAAUGGGCGACGCGGGAGGAUACUACCUCAUGAUUAUUAAUCACCCUAGGAUCUGCGAGAGCAUGGGAAGGGGGCGGGGCCCUCGGGGCGUCGCGUGCAGGGUGGUGCGGUGUGAACUGUUUGCGUUGCGCGACACUGUGGCUGUUGUUGUUGCCCUGAUCAGCUGAACGCAUGAUUGCGCUUUCAGUUUGACAAGCAGGAGGGGAAGCCCUGUUGGCUCGCGAGCGUCCAAAUAACGCAGAGAGAGGCGUCAGCAGCAAUUCCGUUUGACAAGCGAUGGGAUGCGGACCACGGCACGCUGCCCUGGAGAGUAAACGGCUAACGUUACAGCAACGCCAACAGCUGUGUCAGGAUGUUGUGAAGUUCUAACAUGUGACAAGCUGAAGACGGGAGACAAAUAGGUCUUGAAUAAUUAUUCACGUGUCAGCAGAGAAAGUGCCUCAAAAGCAUCUUGAGACAUUCUUUGUCAAUCCCCAUUGCCAGGCUUCAGCCCAAAAGACACAUAAUGAUGAAUUUCACCAAGGCUGUUUGUCAACAGGAGAGGAGACAUUUAGCACACAACCAGCACUCCCAUUUAUGGCGGCCGCAUACUGACACUGCUUAAUUAUGCCUUUGUCAGUUAAGACACUAUCCUGUAUCUUACAUUUAAUUAUGGCCUAAUACAAUUAGCCCCCUAAAGCGAGUGUAAAGACUUUUUCCUAUCGGAAGAGGAGUGAUGCAAUGAUGUUUAUCAGAUUGUUGCUCAAAGUAGCAUUCCCAUAGCAUCCUUGAGGCCUCCUCCCCACAUCCUAUGGAGGCAGAGGAAAAGCAAUCGACCGAUGUGGAGCGGUCUGGUGGGCAACAGCAGCCAUUGUCAGAGUCUCUGUUAGCAGCACAGCUGCCUCAUUUACAGCAACAAGCUACCUCGCAAUCUGUCCAUGGAUCACAUGGCCGCCUUCAACACAGGCAGCCAAAACGCUUUGAAAUGCUCCAAAGGCAGAAGAAGCAGCAUCAGUCACAGGCGAGUGGGUUAUCUUGGCAGCUUUCAGAAGUACCUGGUCCUUCACAAAGCAGCUGUACUGCCCUGGAAGAACCAUCUCCCAAUAUUCAUAAUGUUCAUCAAACUCAAUCUCUGCCUAGUGUUGAAGUACAGCAAGGCACCCCAUGUAGACGAGAACGCAAACCCCAAAAACCAGGGAAAUAUGUGUGCACAUACUGCGGCCGUCCUUGUGCAAAGCCUAGCGUCCUCCAAAAACACAUCCGAUCCCACACAGGGGAGAGACCCUAUCCAUGUGUUCCUUGUGGCUUCUCCUUCAAAACCAAAAGCAACCUGUAUAAACACCGCAAAUCUCAUGCACAUCGAAUAAAAGCAGGCAUGGCCUCGAGUCGUGAAGAGACCAGUUUCAUUGAGCCAGAAGGUGGAGCAUUGGGAGAUGAUCAAGAAGAGGGUACAGAAGGAGAGAGUACAGGUUCUGAGGAUGAGACAGGGAAACACCAACCAUCUACCUCACAUGGUAGGCCAACUCUGAAAAAAAGUUGCAAAGUGGAAUUGUCAUUCGUAGAAGAGGGACCCCAAACUGAGGAUUCACAGGCAGUCAAGCAAAGGCUAGCAAUGAGGCUAAGCGAGAGGAAGCGAGCUCCCAGAACAUCUUCAGAUGAAACCCAAUCCUCACUGGGUCCUGGUAGUAAGGGGAGCACAGAAUCUGGCUAUUUUUCCAGUUCUGGGAGUGCUGAACUUUCCCAAGUGAGCCCGCCAAAUGCCAGUGCUAAAACAUAUGCUGAGAUCAUUUUAGGAAAGUAUGGGCGACUUGGACAACAACAAAGAAUUCCUCAUCAACAACUGCAAUUAUCGUCAUCUUCAGGUCAACAGGAAAAAUCAAUCCCUUUCCCUGUUCCUAAGACACAAGUCAUUGAGCAUAUAACCAAGCUAAUCACUAUAAAUGAAGCUGUGGUGGAUACAAGUGAAAUUGAUAGUGUCAAACCAAGACGUUCUUCGCUCUCUAGAAGAAGUAGCAUCGAGUCAGUCAAGUUCUCUUCACUCAAAGAACCCUGUGUUAAAGCGGAUGCCCCAGGCUCUUGUGGUUCUGCCGUUCAACUUAUUCCUGGUAGUUUUGCUGGUGAAUUACCUAGCUCAUACUUGGCUCAAACAGAAACUUUGGCUGGUCAGAGCUCCAGUGCUCUUCUCUAUAGGAGUCAAUCAAUGCCAUCUUCGGGUAAUACUUCAGAUGAACCUACACACAACUUUCAUCUCAGUCAUUCUUUUGAUGAUCAGCAGGCCAUAGCAGCUGAAAUGAGGAUUGGGUCACAUCAACGAAUGUUACGACGCCAACCUGCCAUUGAGGUGGCAGUUGGGGUGGACCUCAUUAUAGACAAUGCAGAUCCUUCUUCUAGUUUGAAAGAAACCGAAUCAGGAAAACAGCAAGAGUCUGAUGCUCACUUGAAGAAGCAUGACUCUUACGCAGAACACAGAUUAGCGUUUAUGAGUAAAUCUGCACACGGCCUGUGUAAGGAAGGUAGUUCUUUUAUUGAGAAUCAGCCACAGGUUAUGAGCUACAAGUUCAAAGCCAUGGCCAUGGCUGUGCGCAAGAGGAAAAAAAAAGAGGAAAGUCUUGAGGAAGACCCUCCCAGUCCAGGUCCAACAGCUGUGUCCUUCAGUUCCCAGCCUCCAUUGAUGCUUGACAGUAUUGAUAAUCAGGGUGCACCUUGUGGUCUUUCACAGAGUGAACUAGAACGGAGAAGUCAAUGGAAAGAAAUUUCUGUUAUCCAGCAUACCAGAUCCUUUGAAAAACAGGAAAGCAUCUCAAUGGCAAAUCAGGAAGCAGAGCCAGAGCAUGAACCAUCACAGGAGCCAAAACCAACCUCCACAUCACGGUUAAUCCGUCAACCCAACAUUCAAGUGCCAGAAAUUCUGGUUACAGAGGAGCCAGAUACAGAGACAGUCUCUCAUCCAGUGAACACGUACAUCUUAAAAGAACCAGAGAAGGUGGAGGAAUUCCAGUGGCCUCAGCGUAGCCAAAGUCUGUCUCAGCUCCCUGCAGAGAAGCUACCGCCAAAGAAGAAGCGCCUCCGUUUGGCUGAGGCAACUCAAUCAUCAGGAGAAUCUAGCUUUGAGUCAGUAUCCUUGCCACAUAGCCCAAGCCAAGAGAGCAAUGUUGCUCAUUCCUCCAGUCGAUCUGCAUCCUUUGAGGAAUCAGGAAGGCCAGACUCUGAGAUGCAAAGUGGUACCUGGAGCUCCCAAGGGUCUCACAUGCUGACCGUUCCAUCAAGUCUCCACCAGCACCAUCAUUCUCACAGAGAGAUGCGCCGUUCAACAUCUGAACAAGCAUCUGCAAGUCCACCAAACCCUGCACACGUUGAAGAAACAAGAAGUAAGUCAUUUGAUUAUGGCUUCCUUUCUCUAGAGCGUACUUCUGCUACUUGGAAGGAGAGAAGGAAAUGUCUCUUGGUGAAGCACGGAACCCUUGGUGAGCCUGACCAGGAGGAGCCAUCUACUAAACCUGGUGUCUCAGCUGUUUGCCAGUCCUACCCAAUCCAUCCUCCAUUCACAAUCACAGAGCAUAGAAUGGAAGGCAGGACCUCUAGGUUUAGUUCGGAGCAUAUUGGGAAGACCUUGCAGCUCUUUCAAUCUCCUCUUACCCUCCCACCAGCCGUAUUCCCCCUACAAGCAAACCCUAAUUUUUGUUCCCCAAGUAGGCUCACAAGAUUCCUCCCAGUAACUACAGCAAUUUCUGCAGUUGUUUCCAACCAGAUGUUUCAACAAGCUUUCCUUCACAGUGAGGAACCUUUGCUACAUCCAAGACCCAUAGAGUACGUAGAACAUCUUGGACUACCCCUUCAGCCACUCACCACUUUUUUCCCACUACAAUCAAGUGAUGUUGCUCAGGAUGUUUGCUUUCCCAUGCCAGGUGAUCUGACUAUUCAGGUCCCUUCAGGGCCUCUUUUCAGGGAGUCUAGGUCAUCACCUUCCUCCUUGCAUAGCCCCGGUCAUUCACAACAGCAGCUAGCCAUUCGUCACUGUCCCCAUCCUGUGAUUGCUCCUUGCCUUCAACAGCUUUUGCCAGUGGUCUCUCUUGUUGUGCCUGUGCGCUUACAGACUCAGAUUCCCACCUAUGCUAGUGCCAUGUAUACAACCAUCUCACAAAUUUUAGCCACAACGCAACAUCCAGUCUGCUGCACGGCUAUGGUCGUCAUGGGUAAGCUAGAGGAAGACAAGCUUCAGAGAUCUUACCUUAGGCUGCCGUCACCUAUCGCCAAAAAUUAUAUACCCUUGCCGCUGCCUCCUGAGCAUGGAGCAGGAACUUCAUCUGAUGACUGCUCUGGGCAGCUCAUUGCUGGAGGAAGUAAGCGAAUGCUGUCACCUGCAGGUAGUCUAGAACUCAGUUUAGAGGCACAGCGGCACCAAAAACGGGUGAAAGAGGAGGAGGAGAAAGAAGAGGAUGACAAUGAAGAUGGUUAUAACAAAUGUGACAAGAAAUCUCAGGAGGUGUCAGGAAAAUAUAAGCAGAGGCUAACUAUGGAAACAGCAGGGAGCGACAACGAUCCAAGAGAAGUAAUAGAAACUGAAAAGUUUAGCAAGCAGGACAUAACCCAACAGAAAACUGAAAACAUCGAGGAGGGAAGGAAAGAGGCAGGACACCGGUACACUCCAAGAGUGACAAGUCCUGAAAGAUCUGUGGAACCCUCUUACCCCAGUUUGCAUACAACUACAUCCGUCAGCUGGUGCUACCUGAAUUACACAAAGCCCACCCCAUCUACACAUAGAAAUUCAACUUCUGUCUAUUCCUCAUGGAGUGUAAGCAUGCAUAACCCUAAUAUACCUGGCUUGUCCACCAAAAUAUUACUUUCUCUGCUGCGCUCCAAACAGAAGCAUAGUGCUGAGACAUACACUAUGGCUACAGCUCCAACACCAGUGGCUGACAAGCUGGUUCCUACUGACAGCAAAAUAACCAAUGUGUCAGAGGUAUGUGCCUCUCCACCCAACACGCCCGCCAAAGUAAAAGAGGAACCACCAAAUGAAAGAGGGGAAAAGGAUAAGAAGAGUGCUGAUGACGUGCCCGCUGCCUCGACACAAAGUGAGGCAGCUCGAAAUCGUAUUUGCAUUUUUGAAGGCGGGUACAAGUCAAAUGAGGAGUAUGUGUAUGUUCGUGGGAGGGGAAGAGGGAAAUACGUGUGUGGGGAAUGUGGGAUUCGCUGCAAGAAGCCCAGCAUGCUAAAAAAGCACAUUCGCACUCAUACAGAUGUCCGUCCCUACGUCUGUAAGCACUGCAACUUUGCCUUUAAAACCAAAGGGAACCUUACCAAACACAUGAAGUCCAAGGCCCACGGUAAGAAAUGCCUGGAGAUGGGUGUGUCCGAAUCAUCUGUGGAUGAGCUGGAGACUGAGGAAGCAGGUGGCAGUGAGGAGCAAGUGUGUGAUUCAGAAGACCAAGAGGGGCACCAGUUCUCUGAUGUUGAAGAUUCUGAAGCAGAAGAUGAUGAAGAUGAAGAGGAGGAGUUCUCUUCCCACGAUGAACCAUCUUCAGCCUGUUCCACUGAUACUCGUCAAUCCAUAGGUGACCUCUCUGAAAGUGGCCAAGGCUCACAGACUGAGCCCUCUGACCCUAAAGCAAAAGAGGAAUACUCUUCACCCCACAGGCCUUUCCCUGGCAUGCGAGCUGCGUCUCCAGGCAGCAAGAGGGCGUUGUUUUCUCGCAAGGGCUGGGAGGUUUCCCCGAGGACCUUUUCCCCUAGCAGUGAGGGCUCUCCUCUUAGAAGCCUGUCUCCCAGGCUUGAACUGUCCUCGCCUAGCCGUCAUCCCUCUCCCUCCCCAGAGAGAGGCCCGUCACCCAUCAGAGCCCUCUCCCCUCUCAGGCCCCUCUCACCUCUGCGGCCAGUAUCCCCUGCGCGGUACAGGAGUGCCAGAGCUCUAUGCUCUCUUACGCCUCUAAAGCCCCAGCAUCGACCGCACAGCUCACCCGCUGGGCUCCUUUGGGAGCCUGGCUCACCGGCUACUGAGGGUCUAAAGGACAAGCCUGCUACUCAACCAACUCCACAGGAGUGUACGGCCCCAGAUCCCAUCCUGCUCUACCCAUCCCUACGCUUCUCUCCAAGCGACCCUUUCCCUCCCCCUCCUUUGACGCCACGGACAGUGGAUCGCAUGUUUAGUCACCUUCCUUUACACUCCCAAGAUCAAGCCCGCAUGCCCUAUCACAUGAUUCCCAUUGGGGGCAUCCAAAUGGUGCAGCUUAGACCCCAAUCACGCCCUAAACUGGAACGACAGUCAUCCUCCACCCCUUCGCCCACCUCUCCCAAAGAGGACUCCCCUUUUUCUCUCGCCAGGAGGGAUUAUCCAUGGAUCUCGCUUCCAGAAACCAGUCCUCAGAGAACUCUGGCGAACUGCAGGACAAAAAGCCAAGAUGAGGGUGCCAAUCGGUCUGACCUGUCUUGUCCCGGUACAAGCUCGACGUUUCCCAAACUCCCCCCUUCGCAGCAAGGUACAGGGGAGCAACUGACCACUAAGGUCAGAAAGCAAUAUGGCGACUUGAGCUCCGCCACAAAGACUCACAGCUUCGGUCCCGAAACAUCCAUAAAAGUUGCGGCACACAGCGAUGAAGGAGCCGAGAGGAUCUCGCUGGGGGAAGGGGCGAGUUCCUCGCGUGAAACCACCAGACAGCUGCGCGAGACAGAAAAGCCUAUAGCGGCGCCACUCAGGGGACGUGGCUCUUUUUCAGAAGGAUGUUCAGGAUCCGCCAGUGCUCAUCCGAGCCAGGAAGGUGAUCCAGAUAGCACUUAAAAGCAUCUGUGCACAAUGGUGAAAUGCUUUCUACCGCUAAUACUACUAUUGUUUUGUUUUGUAAUGCGCUUAUUUUUUAUAUACAACAUUUUCAAUACUAUUGGUAACUUGGUAAAUGUUUGUUCUGCAAUAUUCAAGAUUGUAAUAUGAUGCACUUUUUUUUCUUGGAAAAAAUAUUUCUGUAAAUCGAUUACGUCUGUCCUUCCUGUAUCUUAAUUGACAUUGCAAUCUUAAUAUAUCUAUUUGAAUAUGUAUAUGUAAAAAACAAAACAAAAAACAAAACAAAAAAACUUGUACUUGUAAAACAUUAAGUAUGGAUAUGAAUAGAUUUCUAAGUGACCAAGAUGAAAACUUAAAUCGAGAGUAAUUCCAAUAUUUCGUGUCCAGUAUUGCGCAAAUUCUAGUGAUGUGUGCCUUUUUCUGUCCAGAUUUACUGCUUGAAGUGUCAAAAAUGAAAGGCUGUGAAUUCUUUUUAUGAAUCUAGAUUUUUGUUUUUUUAUUUCAAACGAUCUGGUAUUUGAAGAAGCGGGAAGAUUUUCUUUGUAUGUGAGGGUAAACGAGACAAGAGACGAAGGUUUCGGUGAAGAGCCUUGCAGGGAAAUUGCACUGAAGUCAUAUUUUUUAUAAUACAAGUGAUUAAUUGAUUAGAUAUAUUGUCUCUGUACAGAUAGAAAGUCUAUGGUCCAUAUUUAUUGCCAUGUGAAACUGAAAAUACCUAUGUUUUGUUUACUUUAGUUUACAAAGGGAUUUCUAUUGUCAUUUUUAUUAUUCUUUACACUUUUUUUUAUAUAGUUACUUUUUUUAAGUUAUGACCUUAAGACUUGAAAUUAAUAAACUGGACAGGCUUUCAGUGAAGUCGGUCAAUAGCCGAGGUUCAGGAUGGACCAAAUGCCCUCCAAAUUUGUCACAGAGAUUUUGCAUUUCUGAACCAAUAAAGGUACACCAGGAAUUAUUAAA